AUGUGGCAUGUGGCUUACCCAUCCUCUGUCAAUGCUGAAUUGAGCACAUUAACCGAUCAGCUUCUCCACCCAAAAAAUAAGCCGGAAUCUCUUGAGAAGGCGCCAUGCAGAUUUCGCGUGGGUGGGCAUUGGACAAUUCAAUGCAAUGCAGAGCAGAGUGGGAGACAAGACAAGAUAGAUGGGGCGAUGGGCGAUGGGCGAUGGGCGAUGGGCGAUGGGCGAUGA